AGGGGCCAUGUGACAGACCCUGCGGCCAGGGCGAGAGGACGUGGGGUCGUCGGGUUCGAGCGGGGUCGGAACGGCAACCUUGGGACUCUGCAGCAGCGCGUCUGGCAGGAACACAAAACCGGUCCACGCCUCGGAGCUGGGAGAACCCGAAGCGGAAGCUCUGAAGUUCAGCUUUAAGACCCUGUGUAAAUUCUCCAACUCUCCACGUCAAGUUUUCUCCGUAGUAUAAGGAGUGUCCCUGAGGAUACAGUCAAAGAAAGUUCUCCAGAACAAAGUGCCUGCAGCACAGGAUGGCACUGGCCUUGAUCCACCCUAGCAAGCGUGCAUACUCUUUGGCUCCCCUGAGUCUGAAGGAGGAGCUUCAGGGAUUCAAAGUUCAAGGAAACAGAAAAGGCCUUGGGCAGGAGCCGUUGAGCAAACAGUUCAGGCAGCUGCGCUAUGAGGAAAGCACUGGACCUCGAGAGGUUUUACGCCGACUCAGGGAGCUCUGCAGACAGUGGCUGCAGCCUGAGACCCGCAGCAAGGAGCAGAUCCUGGAGCUGCUGGUGCUGGAGCAGUUCCUGACCAUCCUGCCAAGCGAUCUGCUGGUCCAGGUGCUCGAGCACCACCCAGAGACUGGGGAGGACCUGGUGGGAAUACUGGAAGAUUUGCAGCGGGACCGUGGAGAAGCAGUACAACAGAAGGACCCAACCCAAGGAAACAGACAGACUGUGCUGGUUGGAGGGCCAGCCCUUUACAAAGAAGCACAGGAGCAGCUGGUCCUACCUGAGCAUGAGCUGCAAAAGCCCGAGGAAGAGAAGGGUAAGGAACUAUGGAAUGAGAAUGGGCAGCUCAUUGUAGUGGCAGACUCUUUUGGAAGAAUACAAUCAUGUUACACAACAUCUGAACACAUCCAGGCCCUCUGUAUGGACUUAAGCUUGGAAAAGCAACCAGCCAUGCCCCAGGAGAAAACUAGCAGCCAAUGGUUGGAAACUGAGGAGGGACUAGCCCAGCCCUCAGACCUGACUGGACAUGAAAGGGCACAUGCAGAAGAGUCCUAUGAAUCUGCAGUGUAUCAGAGUUCUGUUCCUACUGAACAGCCGGAAGACCUCUCUAGAGAGAAAGGUCACCCCUGCCAUGUGUGUGGGAAAAUCUUUCAAAGGAGUUCACACCUCGUCCGACAUCAGAAAAUCCAUCUUGGUGAGAAGCCUUUCAAGUGCAAAGAGUGUGGAAAAGUCUUUAGCCAGAAUGCAGGUCUUUUGGAGCAUCUCAGAAUCCAUACUGGAGAAAAACCCUAUCUGUGUAUCUAUUGUGGAAAGAACUUUAGGCGAAGCUCUCAUCUAAAUCGACACCAAAAAAUUCACGGUCAAGAGGAGCCCUGUCAGUGCAAGGACUGUGGGAAAACCUUUAGUAAGGCCCUACUCCUCAGCCACCAUCAGAAAGUCCAUGGUCGCUUCAAAAGACAUCAUUGUAAUGAGUGUGGGAAAGCCUUCAGUUUGACUUCGGACCUUAUUCGACAUCACAGGAUUCACACUGGAGAAAAACCUUUCAAAUGUAAAGUGUGUCAGAAAGCCUUCCGUCUAAACUCACACCUCGAUCAGCAUGUCAGAAUCCACAAUGAAGAAAAACCCUACCAGUGUAGUGAAUGCAAAGAAGCCUUUAGGCAGAAGUCGGGUCUCUUUCAGCAUCAGAGACAUCACCACAAAAAGAAAGCGGCGUAAUGAGGCUCUCCAUCUGCGAUAACAGAAUGUCACAUCGACAAGCAAACAAUGCUUUGUAAAGUCACCAUGGCAUCGAUCCUUGGAGGCUAAAUUGGAAGCCAUUUGCCUCCAUUGCUUCUUUGUUUUUCUUAAAGCCAUAAUUAAUUAGACUAUAAUUUACUUUAGAUUAUAGGAUCAGAGUUAAGAGUUCUUCACUACAGGAUGUCACAGAGCUUUUAAUGUGAUAAGUACAUGAUUAUCUCUAAUAGUCUUGUGUAUGAAUGAAAUCUUAAAUCAACAAGUCAAGUGCCUACAGAUUUAUACAGAAUGGGAGCAAGCUGAUAUUUUUGCAAGUACUAUAGCAACAGGCUCCUGUAAAAUAAAACUAAUGAGGAUUGGGGAGAUGGCUCGGUGACUGAGCCAGUUGCUAUGCAAGUGUAAGGACAGAGCUUUGGGGUCUCCAGCAUUCCUGUAGAAGUCAAAUGGGUAUACGGCCCACCUGUGCGCCCACCCCUCAGGAGGCGGGAAUCGGAUCUUUAGAGCAAGCUGACUGCCUGUCCUAGCUGUAUCAACAAACUUUGGAUUCAGAUGGGAGGAUUUGGUGACCAGUUGGUAGAAUGAUCAAGGCAGACUCCCAGUGUUAAUCUAAGUGCACAUGUAUACCCACACAUGUGAACAUCACACAUACAUAUGUGCAUGCACGCGCGCGCGCACACACACAUGAAAAUAAUCCCCAGGGGCUGGAGUGAUGACUCAGCAGUUCACAACACCUGUAACUCCAGUUCCAGGGAUUUGAUGCCCUCUUAUGGAUGCUCUUGUACGCAGAUGGUCCACAUAAGCUCACACAGGUACACACAUACACAAAUUUAAAAAUCGUCAAAAAAAAAAACUAAGCCCAAAAUAAAUGUACUAAUGCUUAUAAGUACACAUUCUCGAAAGUCUAACAUGGGUUAGCUAAACCUUCCUACUGGUUUACCCACAUGCGGUCCUUAUCUCCACUUGACCAGUGAACCAUCAAUGAAUGCAACUUCAGAAAGCAAAGAGAAUUUUUUUUUCUAUUUAACUGUGGAGCCUACCUCUCAUGGAUUAGCUCAUGUUAUUUUACAUUUCCUACCUGUUUUAACCACAGUAUCAAAUUAAGCUAUAAAUCAAAGUUUUCUUUAAACUAUGCAAGAGACUGUGAGUCAUUUAAAUGACCUGUGUUGAAUUAAUCUAAGCAGCCGCUUUCUUCCGUGGCAACUCCAGUGCCAUUAGCCUGGCUGCUUGAAGAACACUUUAAUGAAUGUCCCUUGGGGGAAAACAACUUUUUCCCUUUAAUACCAAUGAUGCGAAUUUUAAAUGAUAUUUAUUUUUUAAACAGUUUUGACCAUUAAAAUCCGGUUGGAGAGAUGGUUAUUAUGUGAUAUUGAUGCUGGUGAUACAGAAUAAGCUUGGGGGAGUCUUCCCCGACACGUUGCCAGGGUGGUGAACAUUGCUUUGGGAAUAGCACAGGGUAUAGUUCUCCCAGAAGAGGCUUCUCAAGUUAUGCCACUCUGGGAAGAUGAGUGGACCUUUGUAGCCAUUGCAACUUGGUUUCACUACACUUGGUUUACAGAUAUGUUCCUUGUCCAGUAGAAAAGGCCGGGGUCAGGCAAAGAUGAUUCAUACUUUCACUCCAGUCUCAAUCUCUGGCCUUUUGGCUCCAUCAUCACAGCCCAUGCCAUGAGCUUUUAAGGCCAUAUGACUGCCGACGUUGCACCCCUCACAUGCCAGGUGUGGACAAGGAGGGUAAAGAGGUUCUGCCUGGCUCCGUAAGCCCUUGUUGAGCAGCUUUCCCCAAAUUUGCUUAGCAUAUGUGUCUUAGGCCAAAACUUUGACAAAGGAAGCAGGAAAAGGUCAUGUUUUGUGCAGAGCUAAAAACGUGGCUAAAGGGAUGAAAGGAAGAUGUCACAGUCACACCUAACAGUCCUUGGCCUGUUCCCUCCUACUUAGAGCAAGCGGACUAGAAGCAACUUACCAUCUUCUAUGGGAAUACCAGAUGUGUAAGAGAUAGGUGUGGCAUUUUGAAACACCGAAAGCCUUCGUGCAAAGUCAGUUCUGUUGCUUAUAAGCUAAAACUAUUUUUUUCUUCUGCUUUUACAGACAAAAUUAAUUUGAUAUUAUGGGUACUUUUUCCAAAUAAUUUGAGGACUAUACUAAGAUCAAUACCUAAACAGUUCCAUGUUAAAAUUUAAAACUGAUUUAUUUCGGUUUAGUAAGGAAUCAUAUAGAUAGGAUUAUCUUGUUCUGAUGGAGAACUUUUUAAUUGGAAACCCUGUAUACUCAGAAUUACUUGGUUAUUUGGUCUAAGCUUUGGAUAGUAUCCUGCCUUUAAUAUCCAAAUAGAGUGUAAUAGAAGAUGGGGUGUCUCCUCCCUCUCAGUUCUCCCAUUUGUAGAAGGUAAAUGCAGUUAUAUGAUUUGCCACUACAAAAUGAAUAUGAGCAAAUAGGAGAGGGGUAAGUAACUGAUUGUCAUAUCUUUAUAAAUUCAUAAUUCGCUUAUCUUCUGCCUCAGCUCCCUCCCCCACCCCUAGUCCUGAGGUUAAAGGUUUGUGCCAUCAUGCCCACCACUUAGGUUUGUGAUAGAAGUUUGUAUUAUAUUUUCCUAGUAAUUUUUAAAGAUAAUAUCUUUUCUAAAUUAUGUGCCAUGGGGUGAGGGUGGGCAGGGGUGUCCAUGUAGGCCAGAGUUGUUAGAUCUCCCUGGGAGCUAGAGUUCAAAGCAGUGAACUGCCCAGUGUGGGUGCUGGGAAUUGAACUCUGGUCUUCUAGAAGAGCAGUAUGUUCUGCUAAGUUAUCUCUCCAACCCUAUUAUAAUAGUAAUAAAAUAACAACCAAAAAAACAACCUUGAAGUUGGUACUGUGUUGCAUAGGAUACUGAAGCAGGGGACCACAGGUUCAAAUCCAGCCUUAGCUACGGCUUUAUAAGACCCUAUCUCAAAACACAAGCGCUAAGGAUACAUCUCAGUGGUAGAGCAUUUGUAUAGCAUGUGCAUGGGCCUGGGUUACUUCCCCAGCACCACCAUGUUUUACUCAUGUCCAUACAAAAACCUGCAUGUAGGUAUGUAUCACACUUGUGCUAUUCCUAACCCUCAGAAGACAGCUAGGUAUCCUUCCGCAAAUAGAACCUGUUUUCAAACAUAAUUUACAUUUCUACUGUUGAACAUUCUUUUUCAUGUUGAUUAAUCAUUUGCUGCUGGUUGUGUGAAAGUGAUAAUCUUUUUCUGGCUUUUCUGUUAACGUUUUCUUUUACUCCUAAACAGCAUGGCCCUUAAAAGUUAGAGAACUAUCAAAUUUUUAAAUGUACAUUACUUUUUGUCAGUUUGUGUGUGUCAUAUUUACCCAACAGAUAUAUUUAAAACAAUGUAAAAAACAUAAUUUAAAUAUUGAUAAUAUAAAGAGAAUACUUUCUUAUGGAAAUAGUGAUAUUGACAAUACUUUAACAGUCUGUAAAGAGUUAUAAUGUUUCAGAGUAAUUUUUGAAUAAAGUUCAAGCUUUAAAAAGAA